CCCAGGGGACACAAUGCUGGAGUUGCUUCUCGAAGAGGAUGCUGAUUGCACUAGAGAGGGGAGGGCAUUCCUCUCUCCACUAGAAAAGGAACAGCAUGUGCCAAGGCCUGGAGAGAGGAACUACCAAGUAGGCCUGCAUCACUGGGGCUCGUGGGCAGGGGGAGCUGGAAGAGAAGCAGGGCCAAGUCCUGACAAUCCUGGAGUGGCAGGCACCAUGGCCCGAAGCCGGGCUCUGCUCGUCUUGCUGCUAUUGCCGCCGCAGCUGCAGCUGGCAGCGGUGCUCGCCGUGAGGGCCCCAGGGUUUGGCCGAAGUGGUGCGCAUAGCCUGAGCCCCGAAGAGAAUGAAUUUGUGGAGGAGGAGCCGGUGCUGGUCCUGAGUCCCGAGGAGCCGGGGCCUGGCUCAGCCACCAUCAACUGCCCCCGGAACUGUGCCUGCUCCCAGGAGGGCGUGGUGGACUGUGGCGGCAUCGACCUGCGUGAGUUCCCUGGGGACCUGCCUGAGCACACCAACCACCUGUCCCUGCAGAACAACCAGCUGGAGAAGAUCUACCCUGAGGAGCUCUCCCGGCUGCACCGGCUGGAGACUCUGAACCUCCAGAACAAUCGCCUGACCUCUCGAGGGCUCCCGGAGGAGGCAUUUGAGCAUCUGACCAACCUCAAUUACCUGUACCUGGCCAAUAACAAGCUGACCUUGGCACCCCGAUUCCUGCCAAACACCCUGAUCAGUGUGGACUUUGCUGCCAACUAUCUCACCAAGAUCUACGGGCUUACCUUUGGCCAAAAGCCAAACUUGAGGUCUGUAUACCUGCACAACAACAAGCUGGCUGAUGCCGGGCUGCCAGACAACAUGUUCAAUGGCUCUAGCAACGUCGAGAUCCUCAUUCUGUCUAGCAACUUCCUGCGCCAUGUGCCCAAGCACCUGCCACCUGCCCUCUACAAGCUGCACCUCAAGAACAACAAGCUGGAGAAGAUCCCGCCAGGUGCCUUCAGUGAGCUGAGCAACCUGCGUGAGCUGUACCUGCAGAACAACUACCUGACAGACGAGGGCCUGGACAAUGAGACCUUCUGGAAGCUCUCCAGCCUGGAGUACCUGGAUCUGUCCAGCAAUAACUUGUCGCGGGUGCCCGCGGGGCUCCCACGCAGCCUGGUUCUGCUGCACCUGGAGAAGAAUGCUAUCCGGAGUGUGGACGCGGACGUCCUGACCCCCAUCCGCAGCCUGGAGUACCUGCUGCUGCACAGCAACCAGCUGCACGCCCGGGGCAUCCACCCGCGGGCCUUCCAGGGUCUCAAGCGGCUGCACACGGUACACCUGUACAACAACGCGCUGGAGCGCGUGCCCAGCGGCCUGCCCCGCCGCGUGCGCACCCUCAUGAUCCUGCACAACCAGAUCACCGGCAUCGGCCGCGAAGACUUCGCUACCACCUACUUCCUGGAGGAGCUCAACCUCAGCUACAACCGCAUUGCCAGCCCGGAGGUGCACCGGGAUGCCUUCCGCAAGCUGCGCCUGCUGCGCUCGCUGGAUUUGUCAGGCAACCGGCUGCGCACACUGUCCCCCGGGCUGCCACGCAACGUGCAUGUGCUGAAGGUCAAGCGCAAUGAGCUGGUUGCCCUGGCACGUGGGGCGCUGGCCGGUAUGGCCCAACUGCGUGAGCUCUACCUCACUGGCAACAGGCUGCGCAGCCGGGCCUUGGGCCCCCGUGCCUGGGUUGACCUCGCGGGUCUACAGCUGCUGGACAUUGCGGGGAAUCAGCUCACAGAGAUACCCGAGGGGCUCCCAGAGUCACUCGAGUACCUGUACCUGCAGAACAACAAGAUUAGCACAGUGCCUGCCAAUGCCUUCGACUCCACACCCAACCUCAAAGGGAUCUUUCUCAGGUUUAACAAGCUGGCUGUGGGCUCUGUGGUGGAAAGCGCCUUCCGGAGACUGAAGCACCUGCAGGUCUUGGACAUAGAAGGCAACUUUGAGUUCGGUGACGUUUCCAAGGACCGGGGCCGGUUGGAGGAGGAAGAAGAAGAGGAUGAGGAGAACGAGGAGGAUGAGGACGAGGAGGAAGAGAAAAGGCGAUAGUGUCAGGGUGAACCGGAUGUGACGUAGGAUGAUGGACUACUGGACCCCUUUCUGCAGUGCAUGCCUGUGCCCUGUGAGCCUUGACUCUCCCACACACACAGGCACACCCAGCCCCGUGCCCACCAGACCCCUCAACCCCCAGCACACAGACUAAAUACACAGUCUCCCAUCCCCACCCCUCCCGGCCAUUCAUCCCACAACCAGACAGGCACAGACACCACAACACACCCGCAAACAGCUGCAUGUCACCUUCCAAACGGGUCCCACUCUCUGCCCCACACCCACCACUACCAUCAUGCCCUCUAACUCAUGCACACUCAGGGAAGGGUCUGGCCCCACCCUGGCACUCACUGGUGCCCACCCCCUCUCCCAUGGACACGCAUGUACACACACACACACACACACACACACAUAAGUCACAUGCAAACAGUCUUCUGAGGCCUGCACUGACAGCUCUUCCCCCAGCCAGAAUCGGCCAGGACAGCUCACCUUCUGCGUGUCCAUCUGUCUGUCCAUCCACUGGAGAAGACACAGUUUCCACCAUGCUCUCUGUGCCCGGGUGCCUGCCACGCUCUGGAACUCAUGGAAGCUGGCUUUGUUCUUUCCCUCCCUUUGGGGAUAGGAGCUUUUGGAACCAGUGCCUCAGCCAGCCAGCCUGUUCCCCAGCUGCUGGGGCAGCCUCUCCCUGCCAUGGUCUGGCCAGCCACAGGCAUGUCUGAUGGCCAAGCCCCCCUGAGGGCAAGGGGGCCAGUCCGCCAUUGCUGGGGUCGUGCGCAGGAGUGAGGUGGGGGCAGCAGGGCUGGGUCCAGCAGGGAGGAAGGGCCGCUGCCCCAUGACAGGACUUCUUUAUUCUUUGGGCUUGCAGGCAGCUCUGGGUGCAUUCGGUUUUUCAUUCUUUUUUAAGAAGAAAGUAUUACAAAAACCUUGAACAAAGCUGAUUUUUCUUGUUACAGAAAAACUAAUAUAAAAGCAUUACCCCUUUCUGGCAA